AUGGCUUGUUCACAGUGUUUCCAAGGCACAGUUAAAGCCGGAACGGCGCGUGGGAGCGAAAUCGACUACCAUGGCUACAAGGCUUAUGUUGUGACACCGUCUGCCAACGCCUCGACACGUCGAGCUGUCCAGGUUAUCAUCUCCGACGCCUUUGGUUGGGCGACACCGAACAUCCGCUUGCUUGCAGAUUCAUACGCCGAUAGAACUGGGAUGCGGGUAUACGUGCCGGACUUCAUGGAUGGCACUGCAGCACCGCAGUGGUUGAUGAAACACACGGAUCGAAUCCAGUCGGAAGGAGGUUGGUACGGCUGGCUGGUCAAACCAUGGCUCGUGCUGAACGCAGGCCUGGCCUUCGCCCCGUUCUUCUACCGCAAUUCUCCGCCGUCGCGGUAUUCUAGGGUCACCGGCUUUCUUGAACAGCUCCGCAACAAUAGCGAUGCAGGAAUCAAAGUAGGCGUCGUGGGCUUUUGCUGGGGAGGAUACCACGUCACGCGAUUAGCCCAUGGGGAGGUGGGCGCAGACGGGCGAGCCUUGAUCGACGCCGGAUUUUCGGCCCAUCCCAGCGCGUUGACGAUCCCGAAGGACAUCGAAGGAAUCACGCUACCCUACAGUGUUGCUGUCGGGGACGAAGAUUUCGCGUUGGGUCCCAAGCUUAUACAGCAGUUGCAAGAUGUUUUGAAAAGCAAGAAGGACGUUGACAGCGAGGUGGUCGUGUUGCGUGGCGCAAAGCACGGUUUCGCCGUUCGGGCAGAUCCAGCGGAUGAAGCAGCCAUGCAAGCUUCCAGAGAUGCUGAGGACCAGAUGGCACAGUGGUUUGAGCGCUUCCUUGUCUAG